AUGUCUAGCUGCUGCAAAGAAGGAUUCAAGUGGAACGGCCAGCCUGUCGGCAAGGAGACCACUCUCGGCAAGAACCCAGCCUACGUCACUGGUGACAACAAGGAUGCUGCUGUCCUCAUCGUCGCCGACGUCUUUGGCUGGACAUUGCCCAAUGUCCGCCUGCUUGCCGACCACUACGCAAAGGAGGCCAAUGUGACCGUCUACGUGCCCGACUACUUCAACGGCGAGGUUGUCGAGCCCGACAUGCUGGAGGACCCCGAGAAGCGCAAGAACUUCGACAUUAUGGCCUUCAUCGGCCGCAACAGCAAGGAGAUCCGUUUCCCCGAAAUCACCGCCAACGCAAAGGAACUCAAGUCCAACUACAAGAAGGUGGCCGCCAUCGGUUUCUGCUACGGUGCCUGGGCUGUUCUGCGUCUGGGUGCCAAGGACUCGCCUCUGGUUGACUGCGCUGCCGUCGCUCACCCUUCGCUUCUCGAGGAGAGCGAGAUUGCCAACAUUGGCGUUCCUGUGCAGUUCUUGUCUCCUGAGCACGAUCAGAUGUUUACUCCCCAGCUCAAGGAGUUUACCCUCAAGACUCUGCCUACCUUGAACAUUCCCUUCAACUACGACUACUACCCCGAGCUUGUUCACGGUUUUGCUGUCCGUGGUGACCACAACGACCCCAAGCAAAAGGAGGGUCUCGAGAGAGCCAAGAACGCUGCUGUUUACUGGUUCAAGCAGCACUUGCACUAG